GAUAAGUUGUUUCUGUAGAAAAAAGAGCGAGUUCCCGCCAUCCCUAUUAGGAGAGUGGUAUCGCCCUGGUAAUGUUUAGUCACGACCCGACGACAAGUGCGUCAUCGAUGACGUCAGAGCAGCCCAUCCCACGCCGCGCGGCUCUGGGCACUGACGUGAGCGCGCCGAUUUAGCAACAUGACAGCAUUAGGGCGGAGAGUCAGGGCUCCGGAAGACAAUACCAACACAAAAUCCCGCGUGCACCGCAGAUAGCAGGGUAGAGCAGUCUCAGCGAGUAAGCUUCGGCGGUAGGACGUGUGAAAACACGCGCGUGUAUAGAACACCUGUUAAGCUGCUACUACGUUCCCAUACGUUAUCCGUUACUACUCGGAUCUGAUUGGUUUGUGGCGUAUACGUGCGUAGGAACUUACAACCGUACCAACAUGUGCCAGACAGAGGAAGAAUACUCAGAUUCAAGAGAUAUGGGGGACUUGUGCGAACCACCUGCCAAGAAACUUUGCGUAGAACGCCUGACGGAAGUCGACUCGACUGUAACUAUUAGACCAAAAGGAAUGGAGCCCAACCUGACGUUGUGGCAGUUCUUACUGGAGUUGUUGUUGGACCCGAAGAACGCCAACCUCAUAGCCUGGACGUCCAACGACGGCGAGUUCAAACUGAACAGCGCAGAAGAGGUGGCUCGACUGUGGGGGUUGAGAAAGAACAAGACUAACAUGAACUAUGACAAGUUGUCGCGGGCGCUGCGCUACUACUACGACAAGAACAUCAUCAAGAAGGUGAUGGGGCAAAAGUUCGUCUACAAGUUCGUCAACCUCCCCGCCGUUCUCAAACCCGACGUGAAGCCGUCAGGUCUUCAUCCGAUCGCGCCCGACGUCGGGCGUUCGUCUCCUCAUUUACAUCAGCAUCAAAACAACAUGGCGGCCAUGCAGGGGUACAGCAGCGGCGCCAACACGCACGCGCAGAACGCGUCAGUCAUGACGUCACAGCAUCCUCACUCCUCGGGAGUGGAGAGCGUGCAGCUGAGCGGCCCGCACCACGGGGUGAUGAACACUGUUUCCCACAUGACGGUGCCUCAGCUGCACCUGUCGGCACCGGAGCGCCCGCACCCGCGGCCACACUCCCAGCCGUGCGCUACCCAGUCCGUGCCGGUCAGCCUGCAGUUCCGCACCGCCACGCCAGACACGCUGAGGCGCAGCAGUCCCCACCUCGCCGCCACCACGGUCUUCAACCCAGUCUCCACCAAGUCCUUCGAGUUCCACCACCACCAGAUGACGUCCUCGGCGAGCCACUUCACACAGAGCACCGCCACCUCCACCAUCCACCGCCCGGCGGUGUCACGCCACAGGCCGCACUUCAUCUCCAUUCCCAACAUCAUCAGCGUCGACUCGCCCAUCAAGAGCCCCACCCUGACCACUAGACCCACCGGCGCCCCCGAUAGCCUCACCACCACACACUUCAGCGCACAGACGCCGAUCAUGGUCACCUCCUCCCCCUCCCCCCUCAUCCCUAACGGUCAGACCGGCACCCCCGUCAUCCCCCUCCACUUCUGGAGUACCCUCUCCCCGGCCGCAGCCCUCAGUCCCCGCUUCACCCCGUCUUCAAACCACUUCCAGUUCCCGGCCAUCACGGGGUCCGGCUCCAUGCCCGUAGCCAUCGGCGUCCCCGUCAACUCCUUCACCGGCCUCCCCCUCUCCCCCCUCAUCCUAUCCCCGGGGUUUCAAAAGGUCUACUGACUAGCCGACGAGGACCAAAAUAAGAGAGGACCAACUAGAUCUAGAACCCCCUCCCCAGAAUCCAGGCUUUAAAAACCCGGAACAUCUUCUCCCAAAACCGCGAUCUUUCGCAUGGAUGAAAAUUUUAAAACUGAGCGCUGGCCGCCAGUGGACUGAAUAAAACCAAGGACUUUUCUGCAUUAGCUUGUAUUGCAAUUACGUAGAUUUCGUAGACUUUGUACAAGACCCAUGCGUGGUUGUCUUUUAAACCGCUCUUUGUAAAUUUGCCAGAAAAAAAGGGGAUUUCCACAAGUGACAACUUUGAACACUACGUUCAUGAGGACCAACUAUAGGGAGUUGUAAAAAGACGAGUAUGAUUUUGCCAAAAUUUUACUUCUUCUCAUAUGAGCACAUUUUGGUGAUAGAAUUUGAAUUGGACCACAAAGACGAUAUUGUCGUCGGAUGUUUCUUUUUGUUUAUUAUUUGCGACCGUUCAAAGAACGGAGAUGUAUAAAGAUAGGUCUUAGAAUUCAGUCAAAGAAGUAACAGUUUAGACAAAACUUCAGACAUUUUGGUUUGAUACCACACUCUUGCCCCAUCCAAACCCAACUUGUGGAUUAUUUCCUUGACUGAGUUCAGAAAAUGUCUGUUCAUUGUGAUAUAAAAUGUAUUUAUAUAAGUUUUGUCCUGUUGAUAUGGAAGACUCUAUAUUUAUUGUGGUCAUAUACUGUAUGCUACUUUGUAAAAGUGCCGUAUCACCAAAAUAUGAUCUUCGUCGGAUAUUUUAUGAUGUUCUAUUGUAGUUAAAAAGUGAAAGUGAAUUAUGAAAAAAAUUCUUCUGUGAUUUCUCAAGACAGGAUAUUUUUCUACUUAUAUUUACUGUAAAAGUCGUGCACUUGUUUCAGACCAUCGACAGAAGUUAUAACAUGGCUUCUCCCAUCUCACUGAUUUGAAUAUUUGUGUAGUAUUCACUGACUUACGGCCGGGCGGGCCAACAUUUGAUUGUAUUUAAUGCUGCGGUCACGAUUGCACCGGUGCCCGUACGGACUGUACUGUAGCCCCGGUCGGGUUCCGAAGCGAAAAUAAUUGUCCCGGUGGACUGCCGAAUAUCACGGGGGUUCCUCUCGGUAUGCUCACGAUUAGCAUAUUUGUUACCGGGUCCCUGGUUUAUUUUAAUUUCGAGUUAAAAUUAACCCGGGGCCCGGCCGUGUCCAAAAAAUAACCCGGUACCCGUAGGGGCCACGCACGGGUCACACCCGAAAGUUGUGUAUAGCCCGUAAACUACCGGAGGGGCUCCUUUUUCCAAUCGUGACCGGAGCAUUAUAAUUAUGGCACAUUUUCACUCUGAAGACACUUGUACGUGUACAAACGAUCUCCACUGUUCCUUUAUUGGUGCGUUUGCUCAUGUUAAACCACAGAAGUAUUCAACACAGAUAGAUUUUCAACGUGAUCAUCAAUCUUCGGUGUUUCAAUCCGUUCUUGUAGAUAUAACUUUGGUGCGACACCUUCUACAUACACGAUUUUGUCAGAAGAAUAACAUAAUGGAAGAACGAAAAGCCAUGAUUUUUAAGAUGGACGAAAAACUAGAGUUUAAAGUGCACGCAAUACGUUGGGACAUUUUGAACAUAUUUGUAAAGCUCUCCUUGCUAUUGCUUGAUAUAAUAAAGACUUUUAUGACGUA